AUGCAGCAGGGUCCUACAACUGCCCCACCCGGAUCUGAGAAGCACGCGUUACCAUGUCAGACACCACCGGGGUCACUACAAGACAUCGUUUCCGAGAGUUUUGUAGGCACACCAGGGACCGUCUACUCCGGCUGCCAUGCGCCUCCCUCGGGUGCCCCCCGCCUGACGCUGGCAGUCCUGGUCGGUAUGAACGCCAAGGCGGCGUACAAGCUGGUGGAGACCAUCGCGGCUCACUCCAGCAGGAUGCCCGUCACGCUCUUCCUCUAUGGAGACUUCGUGGAAACGUUUCCCGAACUGGUGACAGAAUGGGCCAAAACUUUCACUAUAGGCAUGCGCGAGGGCCAACCAUUUCCGCUAGGGCACUUCACGCUACAGGCACAGAGCUGGAUCCGGAUGGGGCUGGUCAGCACGAUACAGCGCCUGAGCGAAGUGGACCUACAGACAGCCUACUACUUUCCUGAGCAUGUGACAGAUGCCGUGAAAAGUGAAGCUAAGUCUCGGGGCCUGAGGAUCUUCCAACCGACAGCUCGCUUCCCUCCUAGAGAUGAAAAGUGGCUCCUGUCUGUUGCAAACUACUACAAGUACCGAGACGUGGAGAGGGUUCCCAAAGCUCUCCGUGUCAUCGCCAAUCAACUAGAGGACAAGGGAGGCAUCGUCAGUCUGGACUCAGACCACCCGGACAGUUACAUGAUCUCCGUCUUCCUCAUGGACUAUCUGUCCGAGAAGUCUGGCUACAAUCUAGUUAGCAUUACAGAAUGUCUAAAGUAGAUAUAAGCAGUAUGAAGUAGCCUUAAUAAGCUACACAACAGUCGCAAGAGUACAUGUGCAGUAGUUCUAGGGUCAAAGAUUAAGGCCCUUCACUUGCAAAUAACGCCACGAGACUUGUAGACUGUUUAGUGUCUGAUUUCUCAAACUUCAAUAGACAAAAACUGAUUUAUAUUCUUACAUCAAACAUCAGAACAAAACAGAAAGCAAAAAAAAAACACAGCAACGUACUUGACUCUUAAUUGUUUACCUCUGGGGGCCUUAGGCCACACCAAUUUAAUUUGUUGGUUUUCGGAUUCGCCUCUUCAUUAUUUCACUCCAUACAUAGUAAGGAGUGAAAUAUUGUAUUUCCUCAUGUUUCUUCUCCUCCUUCUUCUCCUCCUGCCUUUUCUUUAAAUUGAUUCAACUCCUUCAUUUUUUGGGCCUUUUUUGCUUUUUUAGCUCUUACUAUAGAUACUGUGGGUGAGUAAGCUCGUGACGUAAUGAGGAAGGGAUUCGGGGGCAGGACCAAAUAAAUGGGCAUGCAAGCAUGCAACAAGUGUGGCCAUGUUUGCCGAUCUGGCUGUUGAUUCGCUGAUAGCUAAUUGAUUAAUUUUCUUCUACCUACUCAGGCAGAUUCUUAUGUUUGUUUACAAGUUUGGCCAGGGAAAAGGAGUUUUGUAAAAGCGGUGGAAACACGAUAGUUACAGCUACAGGGCUAUUUUCAUUCAGCUAGCCAACCUCUCCGAAGAAGAGACCCUCGGUUUACAGUUGUGAUUCGAAAACUUACUAUGCAUAUUUUAUGCCCGCAACGCUCGAGGUUCCAGCGGGAUACCCGUCAAUAGAUAGGCAGGUAAGAAAUAUACAAUUACAUAUUGCCUAACUGAGUAUUUUCCGCAAU